AUGGCUGCUGUUAGUGAGGGGUCAUCUACUCCCUCUACUGAUAGUGCACCGGAGAGGGAUAGUGGACGUCACCGCCCUCCGCAAGUAUACUCUGGUAUUGGAUCGGUUCCGGUAUGGGUCGGAGCUAAGUACCCUGCCAAAUGUGUGAAGAAUGAGAUACAUAAUAUACUCACUGUAUUAAAAUUGGAGAAGAGUGAGAGGUCUUGGUCCCAUCGGUCGGCUAUAUUCCGUGAAGGAGCAAUCAAACAAUUCCAAGCCUUAUUCGAUGAGCUUACCUAUCUUGACGACUUCAAUGAGUUCGAUACUGUUCGCUAUCUAGCGCCGUUCUUGAAUGUCAUCCAGAGUGAGGAUGCUAGUGGCCCUCUUACUGCAGUAGCACUAGAUAGUGUUAAUAAGUUUGUAUCCUUUGGUUUGAUACCCACCGACAAGAUGGGCCCUAAGGCUAUUAAUACUCUGGUGGCUGGUGUUAUCAACUGUCGCUUUGGUGCUGAGGGUACACCUGAUGAUGAGGUGGUACUAUUGAAGAUGAUAACAGUACUUGUGGAUGCCUUGAGAUGCCCUACAGGAGCUCAAUUGACUGAUGCUUGUGUGUGGCAGAUGGUGAGGAAGAUACAUCAGGUCGCUAAACAGCCUAUGGGACUAUCCCAUCUACUCAGGAGUAGUGCUGAGCAACAACUCACACUUAUAGUUUUAACGGUCUUCAAUCAGCGUGGUGGUGGUAGUAGUAGUGGUAACGGGUACUCAGUAUCAGCAAGGUAUUGUCUAUUGCGGUAUAUGGCCUUCCUUAUGACCGCUGGCUUCCCAGGCUCAAUAAAUGGGACUGAGGGUCAGAGGGGAAGCUCGGCCAACAUCCCACUGAGCAAUUCGUCAUCAUCAGGGCGCUCAAGGACGCCACAGAGAGGGACUCCACCACAGCAGUAUCGUCAUUUGAGAGCUCCCAGUCCAGAACCUUACGGGAGUAGUGAUCCUGAGGCCGAGAUGAGGGAUCUCUUUGACGAGGGUGGUAGGCUAUCACUUGGAGGGCCCUUCAAGGCAUCCGACUCUUCUGAAACAUCGAAGGCUAUGGAGGAGACAAGGUCCUUGGGCCUCAGCCUCCUAAAUGUGGCACUUGAGACUGGUGGCGCUGAUAUGUGUAAUCAUGAGGCUUUGAUAUCUGUUAUACAGAAUGAUAUCUGUAAGGCUCUUCUUAUGAACUCUACUGCUAAUGAGAGCCUCAGGGUGCUGUCGGCUACACUGAGGGCGGUUUUCAAUCUCUUUCAGCAUUUCAAGAGGCAUCUAAAGGUCCAGUUGGAGAUCUUCUUUACGAGUAUUCACCUCAAGAUGGUGCCCGCAGCAGGGAGCAGAUCAAUGGAACAGAGGGAGCUAGCUCUGGAGUCCCUACUGGAGUUCUGUAGAGAACCUGAGCUUAUGGUAGAGCUAUACGAGAACUAUGAUUGUGAUGUCCACUGCACCAACCUCUUCGAAAGGUUGGUCAAACUCCUUAUGAGUGUUGCUACCGAUACUCAGUCGGCUACUGAUGAGGAUAAGGGUGUAGGAGAGGCAUCAUCACCAGCGGUGCAGAAUGAGAGGAAGAAGAACCUUUCUACUAUGGCAUUGAAUGGUCUAUUAGCUAUAGUCAGGGGUAUUGCAGUCCGUACUGAGCAGGCGUCUAAGGAGCUAUCCACACAGGGCAAUCUACCACUCCUAACUCGUACGGAUACGCAGCCUUUGGAUGUGGAUGAUACAGUACAGCAAGGGGCUAAACUAGAGCUGAGGAAGGAGCAGAAGCGUCGCUUGGCCCUAGCUGCUCAGGCCUUCAAUUCUAGCCCUUCUAAGUGUGUCCCUACAUUGCAGUCAUUAGGGUUGCUCUCUGAUCCCGUCACGGCUAAGGCCUUUGCACACUUCUGUCGCCAUACCCCUGGCCUCGAUAUGAAGAUACUGGGGGAGUUCCUAGCCAAACGGCAGGACUUCAAUGGCGAGAUCAGGAAGGAGUUCAUGCACUCCUUCAAGUUUGCUGGUAUGCCUGUGGUAGAGGCUCUCCGGCUAAUGUUGGCUACCUUCCGACUGCCUGGCGAGGCUCAGGAGAUCGAGAGGAUCGUCGAAUCGUUCUCUCUCGCUUACUUUGGGGCUCAGCAACGAGCUGCGUCUGAGGAGGGUCCAGAUGCCAGACUGGUAUAUAGGGAAUGUGAAAUGGAUGCUGACGGCAAUCCUACAGAUCCUGUCAUCAUGCACUCCUCUGAUACGGUGUUUAUACUCAGCUACUCCUUGAUCAUGCUCAAUACCGAUCUACAUAACCCUAUGGUGAAGAAUAAGAUGUCUCUGGAUGAGUUCAAGCGGAACAAUAGAGGCAUUGACGCUGGUAGAGAUCUCGACUCGGACUUCCUUACUGAUAUAUACAACUCCAUAUAUGAUGAGGAGAUACGUCUCUUCGACUCGGUACCAGGAGCUGAGAAGGUGGUAGACCAGAGGGAGUGGGAUAACCUCAUGCGGAAGUCGUAUGAAGUGGGAGAGUUCUCACUGGCUACUGGUGGUAGUUGGUCUCUAGCUCAUGAUAAAGCUAUGUUUAAGGUGGUGUGGAAUGAUGGUGAUAUCUUGGAUAGCCUAUCGAGAUCCUUCGCCACUGCAGAUGCCUUCCAGGUCUCCCUAGCGGGUUGGAUAGACCUAGCAAGGGCGGCCGCAUUACUUCGUCAUGCUGAUGCCUUUAACAAGAUCGUAUGCCGUCUCGGCGACUUCUUCUCUCCACCAUUGACUGUCCGUUUCCAAUUAGCAGCCCAGACCCUAGGCAUGUGGCUCAGGGAAUACGGCUUCCUCCUACAGUCCAAUGGUUGGAGGGCUAUGAUGGGUUGGCUCGCCGGUCUCUGGGCACUUGGCUUGCUACCGGAUAGUUUAUCCGAGCUAGAGGACUUUGUCGACUCCCAUGGGAAGCCUUUGGUGUCUAUCGCUCCUCGAGCCUUCCAGCCCCCAGGGAUGGCUCCAUUAUUGCGGUCCUCACGUACUCACUCUCAGAGCGGGGAUGUUGCUAACAAUAGUGGCUUCCUGGCCGUUCUAUCGAGCUACUUUGGUGGUAUCAGCGACUCGGAUAGUGAGGAUGAUGAUGAUAAUGAGCCCCUCUCACCCACUGCAUCACUCAAGAAGGCUGAGUCUAACCUAUCCCAGAUAUUGCCUCUAGAGGCUGUCUUAUCAGCUCCUCAUAGUGCUACACCCGAAGGUGUUGAUAAUGUCGAGCAGCAUCUCAAGAAGCAAUUGGUGAUGGAUCCUGUGAGAUUAGCAGAUUGUUUCUCUGCUGACCGUAUAAGAGUACUGGGUAUGCCCAGCCUCAAGGCUCUAGUCACCGUUCUAUGCAAGGAAGCAUCAUGGGUACCCGAGCAGGAUCCCCCUGGGGACUCCUGGAAACCUUGGUCUCAAUGGCGUAGGGUUGGUGAUCCUGUUAUGAAUCUGGAGAUCCUUACGAUGGUAACCACAUCGGUGUAUGUGUCGAGUACCGAACCUAACCUCUGUCGUGAAGUAGCUGCUCCUCAUCUUCUCUCCUUACUACAGUAUGCUCAUGAACUCCCAGAAAAGGCUCUUGAGAACCCUGCCUUCUUGGAGAGGGUUGCAGUGAAUGCUAUGAGGAUCUCCAUAAGACUGAUAGAAGUCGACGAUGGUCUGCCAUCAGUGCGAAGCCUGCUACUCAGUUUAGCCUCUCUCCCCAAGAAUGUUUUCGCUAGAGUAGCCGAGAGGGCAGCAAGUGGAUUGCUUCUGUUGGUGCGUCAACGGCAACCCGAUGAGAAGACGCUCAGUGCCAUCCUUGCUUUACUGCAAGCCAUAGCCGAGUGCCCAUCGACAUCAGCAGUCUCCUUCAACUUUGCCAUGCAGUGUGUGUCUCAUCUUGCUGAGUCUGGUCUCUCCCCAGCAUCAUCCCUUCUCUACAUAUCCCUCACAAGAGUACUAUGCGCCUUCUCUAUUUGCCAGCUUGAUGAAUCUCUAGCGGGUAAGUCUUUGGAUGUGCUCUCAGCGUUGUUACCAGCCGUGAUAUCCCAAGCCCAUGGUGAACUCGAAGAAUGGCUUCCACUGUGGAUUCCUACUGUGACCUCUGUUGCCACCAUUAUCGUACGCACUCAACACGAGCCGUUGAUUGGUAGAGCUGAGAACACUCUUCGUGUCCUACUAUUGGAGGGCCCGCAGAGUCAGAUACCCUCCCAGUAUUGGGUCAAGCUUGUCAGUGAUAUAUUUAUACCACUAUUACAACGAUAUCACUCUCCUACACUCAGCAAGGUGGCCCUAAGGGUCGUCCUCUAUCACCUAUCCAAAUCCCAAGGCUUAUGGGGUCAUCCUAUACCGUCCCUUGUGGAGGCAGUAUGCAAGUGCCCUGAUGCUGAUCGUGAUGAGGGACUGAUACAAGGUGUCCGCAACCUACUCAUGGUUACUGCAACAGAUCCUGACUUGAGGGACACGGAUACUGCUCACCAAUUGCUCGAUACUGUGAUAAGGUUACUCCCUGUGGCGGCUGAGGGGUUGGAGGCCAUACUCAACUGGGAUCAGGAGGAGGACAAGGAGAAGAAGACCGAUAGCCGGUCCUCUGGCAAUGGAGACCCGGUGGAGAAUGAGCCUACUCAAAGCAAUAAUGUUAGGCAGAUUGAUGAUGUAUCCCCAAAGGGUUCGACUAAGGAAGGUGGUGAUAGCGGCCAAAUACCAGCGGAGCAGCAUCCUCAAUGA